GUGUUCUCAAUUAAUCAUCAGUAAAUCAUUCGAAUGAUUUACACAUGGGCACACCACCUGAUCUGGAAACAAAUCCAGCAUGCACUGUUCGGAUUAGGUAGCUAAAGACUCCUUUUCUCCUGGAUGUCUCACUUCUGCAGUUUGUUUUUGUUUUUUUAACUAGUCCUCCGGUUAUCUGGCAGCCAGCCAUUUCUCCCAGUUGGCCGCUAUUACAGUAAGUCAGCUCUUGAAUGUCCUGCAGGCGCAGAGAAGAGUUGCGCUUCUCGCUUUCGCUUCAUGGCUCAGCGGUGUGCUCACCUUGUCCCUGUCGCGCUGCUGGUGUUUGGACUUGCCGGAAUCCUGCUCCUUACUAUUCCCACCGAGGAUGUUCGGGAGGAACCUGAGCUCAGGUAUGGGAUUGUCCUGGAUGCUGGAUCCUCACACACAUCUUUAUACAUAUACAAGUGGCCAGCAAAUAAGCAAAAUGGCACAGCUGUGGUCACCCAGCAUAGCAAAUGUCACGCUGAGGGUGAAGGAAUUGCAAGUUAUGCAGGUCAACCGGGAGCGGCAGGGCAGAGCUUAGAAGCAUGUCUGGAUCACGCAGUGAAGAGCAUCCCGAAAGACAAGCACCAGCUCACACCUGUGUACCUGGGAGCCACAGCCGGCAUGAGGCUUCUGCAUUUAUCUAGUCCAGAGCUGUCCGCUCAGAUUCUGAAGGAAGUGGGACAAAAAAUCCAGUCCUACCCUUUCGACUACCGGGGAGCAGCCAUACUGAGUGGCAAAGAAGAGGGGGCAUACGGAUGGGUCACAGUUAACUAUCUCUCAGAGAACUUUAUUAAGUAUGGCUUUGAGGGGCACUGGUUCAGCCCCAGCAGACCGACAGUGGGAGCUCUCGAUCUGGGCGGCGCGUCCACGCAGAUAACAUUUGCUACUCAGGAAAAAAUCGAGGACAGAGAUGAUCUGAUGAAGCUGCGCCUUUAUGGUCAUGAGUAUACCCUGUACACACACAGCUUCCUGUGCUAUGGGAAGGACCAGUUCCUCAUGAGACUGCUGGCUCAUAUAAUGAAGUCUCAGGGUUACCCUCAGUCUGUCACUCACCCCUGCUAUCCUGCAGACCACAGCAGGACGGUGACACUCAGCAGUAUACUCGACUCUCCAUGUACAGUAAAGUACAAACCCAGCUCCUACGACCCUCAUGCUUCUGUGACAGUACAUGGCAGCGGACACUAUGAAUACUGUCUGGGUAACGUGUCUGAAGUCUUCUCCUUCAACAGCUGUCCCUUCUCCCAGUGCUCAUUUGACAAAGUCUUCCAACCAAAUGUCACCGGAGGUUUCAUGGCUUUCUCUGCUUUCUUCUAUGUUCACUCAUUCCUUCAGCAAGUCACUGGCAUAACGGCUAGCUCGCCUUCAGAACUAGAGGAUGCGACCAAAAAAGUGUGCAGCAUGAGUUUCACCCAAAUGAUGCUUCUCGCUCCAGAGCAAAAGUCCCGUUUGCAUUACUACUGUGCUGCCUCUGUGUUUCUCAAUACUCUCAUGUUGAGAGGAUAUGGCUUCAAUGACACAACAUUCCCACAGAUUUCUUUCCAGAAGAAGGUUGCUGACACCAUGGUGGGUUGGGCUCUGGGCUACAUGCUGAGUUUGAGCAAUUUGUUGCCAGCAGAGAGACUGGAGCUGAGAAAGGCCCUGACCCCAGGAGUGUGGGGAUCCCUCAUCUUUCUUUUUGUCAUGCUCCUUGCCGCUGUGCUUUUCUUCUGCUUAUUUAGAGUUUAUAAUGGACGGAAUAAGAAAAGAGGCAGUGAAAGCACCAUUUAGCUAGAAAUAAUGUCAGUUUUUUAUUUUGCUCUGAACACUGACCCGACAAGGGAGAUUUGAAGCAAGAUUUGAGUUUUAAUUCAAGCAUAUUGUUAUAUAAUACCAUAGUUUGCUUUAAAAAAAAAUAAUUUUUACACUAAUUGACUUAUUUUAAACUAGUGCUAAAUAUAAACUGUGGUUUGUUCAUUGACUGCAAAGGUUUCAACACGACAUAUACAAAAUGUGUUGACUUUAACAUAUUUAUACAGUUUGCUGCUUUAACCUAUAAUUGAGUGGUAUGUAUAAAAUGAGUGAAACCACUGUAUUAACUUGCUGUGAAUGUAAACUACUUUAAAGCUGACAGUGAGUACUGUGACUUUAGUUUGAAAAACAAUGCCAACAUGGAAGUGCCUUAAAAGUGCGUCGUUUGUAAUGGCCACCAGGUGGCAACUCACUCAACAAAAACACUGGAAGUCUACUGGAAAAUGGCCCUCGGCUUCCUUUACUCUGACCUCAGCGAACCCCGUUUUUGAUGCAAGUUUCAAGUCAUGUUGAAUAAAACAUUAAAUGCAUUUUGUGAAUAUCUGCUGCUAUUUGACUCAGAAAGGCAUUUGACCACAUAUAUUAUCCAAUGACCUAC